AUGGCGACCAGCAUCGUUGCGGCCAACGGAAAGUCGCUUGGCAGCCGACACAAUUCACACAACAAUCUCGUCGCUUCCGACAGUGUUUCUGACUGGUUCAACAGUUCGUCCCUCGACAAUACACCCAAGGGACCCAUGACCUCCAACCCACUCGAGAACCUGCAUCGACAGGACAGUUUCGCCAGCCUUACCGAUGGGUUCGACAUCGUCUCUCCACCCAUCUUGUCUUGGUCGCAUACAUCAGAGUCCAAGAUUGCAGGACUCAACAAUGCCGACGAUUAUCUGUCUAGUCUUGCCGAACAGUCCAUUGAUCUCAAGACCACCUUCACCGAAACUUUGCACGUCGACGACUUUUUCAACGAAAGCGCCUCCAACUCGAGCAGCCCCUACAUGGGCACCACCAUCAACCUCCCCGGAUGGAAUCAUGGCCCCGAAGUGGUCGGCGGCUUGACCGACUCCGACGUUGAAUCCCCGGAAGGAAUCUGGUACGGACAGACACAGGCCAUCACCACCAAGACAGCCCGCAGAGGUCCCAACAUGCCCAGCUUCACUAUCAACAUUGAGCAGUCCGAACCCGGCUAUUCACCAGGAGCAUCCAACCCGGUCGGCUUCGAGACUCUCAAUCCUGUCGCUUCGCCGCACACUUCCGAUCUGCUCGGUGCUCCUACACGAGCGCUGCGUUCGUGCAUCUCUGCGCCGCUGUUGCAACGAGAUGAUCCAGUGCUCGAGGCUGCAGGAACGCAACACUUGAUCAACGACUUUCUCAUUGAUGCCGGAUAUCCACAGGAGCGUAUUCCCGAGUCCAACGCUCUGGGCCUUGAGCUCGGUCUGCCGUCCGGUGCUGUGAACAGCCCAAGUCAGAUCGUCGCUAGACCACAGAUCGAAGUCGUUCUAGGCAAAGACGGUCUUCCCGUAGUCAACCAGCUGGCCGGCAACUCGAGCGUGGCUCAGUCAUCGGCACUCUUCCAGCGACGUGCUGUGCAGCGUGACCUUCAGGCACCUUCGCCUGUCGCAGUGCCAAGCGCGGAAGGCGCUCCGAAUACGGGCGAUCGGACGAUCGAAGUCUCACCCGGACGCACGGUCACCGUCAACAACCCAGCAGAGUCCACUAUCGACCCGGAACAGAUGACCGAGGAACAACGGCGAAGGCUCGCCCAGCUCCACCAGAUUCACGUCGCCCAGCAGGCGGCGCGGCUGGGUGUCUACCAGGACUUUGUCAGUCCCUCGCAGCAGUUUGCCGGUCAAGAGGCGAGCGAGCGCGCCGCCAAGGCCGUCCAGGCGGCGCUGAUGUAUGGUAUGGAAGGCAAUUCGCCUCGAAAGCUCAGCGUGGGCUCAACAGGUCUUCCCACGCCAAUCACUCCGCAGCAUCCGCUCCAGCCUGGACCCAGCAGCAUGGCCAAUGCCGCUUACGCCUCUCAGAUGCAGAACUACCUCGGUAUUCAGACGCAGGGAUAUGCUGGUGCCAACUUCGACCCACGAGUGCCAGGCAUGCCGCUGUCGGCGGACUCGGCAGCUUUCGCCCCUUCGAUCCAGAAUCAGUUUUCGAACCUUCACCUGGCCCAACAACAGCAGCAGCACCAGCAGCGAGGCGUUUUCACGCCGCAAUUCCUCCACCAGAACGACACUACUCUCUUUGCCGGCCCAGGCGCCGCGGGUUCGCAGGACAUGUCCGGCUAUACCUCGGUCUACCCUCCGCCGAGACACAACAGCUUUAGCGGCUCGAGUAUUGGUGGCGAGCACAGCGGCAGCUCGUAUGGCCUCACGUUGUCCGCGAGUGGUAUGGUGGCAGGCGGCGGACACAUGGGCGGCGCCGAUCAGAUGCUGCUAGCGCCUCGACGGGCGAGUCACGUCGGGCUGAGAACAUCCGAGUCGACACCCUCGUUGGCUUCACAGAUUGCCGCCAACCCGAUGCAACUGCAAAAUCCGUUCGGCCAGCAACAGACACAACCGCACCAGCAGCCCCGUAAACACCAGAUGGCGAUGACGACGCUCGAGCCCUCGAUGCUGACGAGCAGCAGCUCGGAAAUGACGCUGAUGCCACCGGCGGGGAGCACGCCUCGAUCGGCACCUGCGGACGCAUCGCGGGAGCACCUGGCAAUGCAGCAGACACGCAUGCGACAGCUGCAACAGCAGCAGAUGCAGUUGCUCCAGAUGCAGAGCCCGACGGCUGGUCAUCCGCAACUGCCUGGCAAGCAAGCAGGCAGCUCGACACAGGUGACGACGAGAAAGGUACCCAGCACACUCUCUGCGCCGUUGAGCCCACCUCGAUCGCCAUCCAAGAUGAAGUCGACCCCUCAUCUUAGGAGCCCCCGCGGUGGAGUCAUGACCGGAUUACCGCCUUCGCCGACGAAGCCGAUGGCGCCAGGACUACGAAAGAUCGCAUCGAAUCGAAGGAUCAAUCCUGCUCCGUCGUCUUCGACAUUUGGCGCCGUCGGUGGCAGCAGCACGGGCUCGACAUCUUCCAGCUCGAGCUCGUCCGCCUCGGGCGCGGGCGUGCUCAAGGGCAAGAGCAGCACCGUCGGCACCACGGGCGGGUUCACGCUCGAACUCACCACGUCGGCAUCGCCUACGCGCGCGCGCACCAUCUCGCACCAGAGCGUCACCUCGUCGCGCUCCACCAGCUCGCCGGGGAAAUCCAAGUCGCCCACUCCUUCGGCGCUGGCCUCCGGCUCCGGGAGUGCAGGUUUCUCGCGGCUCUCAUUUGUCAACUACGGCAUGAACGAUGCCGACGAGAUCUGCAGCGCUGUGGCGCCGAGUGGGAGCUACAAGGUGCCUCUGCGCGGGUUCGGUGCGUCGUCGGGCGAGGAGGACGAUUUCGACGACGAUACGAGCUCGGUGCGUACGCGGACCGCGUCCAACGUGACGGGCAUCAUGGGGAUGAUGGGGUCAGACGAUGACGGGGACAGCCCUGGUUCGACGAUGGGAGGCGUCGCAACGCCUGGUAGCCCGACAAAGAAGGUGCGCAAGAACUCGAGUCGGGCUAAUCUGAUGAGCGGUACUGGUGCGAGUGCGAGUGCAAGCAGCCCGCUCAAGAGCAAACGCAGCAUGGCGAAUUUGGGCGGGGCGAGUGGAAGCAGGGGCUGGGACUUGACCAGAUCGCCAAGAAAGACCAAGUCGACCAUCUUGAGCCCUGUUUCCAGCGCUGGUAGUGGGGAGUAG